AUGAAUUCCGAGGAAAUACGUGACGCGUUGAAUUCAAUGGAAAAUUCCAGUGUUAGUGGUGAGAAUUUUAGUCCAGAUGAAAAUGAGUACAUCCCAGAUUCAGGCAGUGAUACAAGGAGUGAUGACAGUAUUGAUGAAGAACUCGAUGCUAGUGCUAAAAAUGUUAAUAAUACUGCUGAUGAAGAACAGACGGACACUACGACAGCAUGGGCCUCACCUGCUACCGGAGAGACUUUGAAGAAUUUCGAAGAAUUUACCAAUCCACCCCAGGUUUUGCAAUAUGAUGCCAGUACGCCAUUUCGAUAUUACAGAAAGUUUUUGACCGAUGAGAUAUUGGAUAUUAUUGUUGAAGAGACAAAUAGGAAUGCAAACUCUCAAGUAACUGUCAUCGGUAAUCGCAGCAGCAGUAGGAUGAAUAUGUGGAAAGACACUGAUCGCCAAGAGAUCAUGGAGUUUCUGGCCAUAGUCACGUAUAUGGGAAUGCAAAGUACAGUCCUCACCUAG